AUGGUUCUUGAUGUGAUCAAACCACCAAUGAGCUCUCGCACUGGAAAACCCCGGCAGAGAGUGUAUCGGACACGGACCAAGUCAGGGUGUACCACAUGCAAGCACGUCAAAUGUGACGAAGCCCGACCAAGCUGCCUGAGGUGCACUUCGACGGGCCGCAAAUGCGACGGCUAUGCUACUACCAACACCAACUCUACUCUCACAGCCACUGUCCUCCCACGUCCUUCCCAGGCCCUCACCGGCUUCCGCUAUGCAACAGGGGAACGUGAUAUUCGAUCAUUUCAGUUCUUCUACGAAAAGACCGUCUUCUCUCUGGCCGGCUAUUGUGGUUCAGAAUUAUGGAGUCGGUCAGUCUUGCAAGUCAGUCAGAAGGAGAAGCCAAUAUGGCACGCCCUGGUCGCUUUGGGCGCGCUGCACGAGAACUUUGAAAAUAGUCAGCAGAUUCCAGGGCCCUGGUUCAGCCGAAAACGACAUGACACCUUUGCCUUGCAACAAUACCUUGCGGCGAUUCGGGCUCUUUUACGUCCAUCAGAGGAUCCAGGUAGUCCAUCGUCCACGUAUCUAACUAGUAGUCAUGGCGGGACGCUUUCGGUGGACGUUUGUCUCAUAUCGUGCGUGCUAUUCGUUUGUUACGAGAUCAUGUCCGGACACUACGUCGCAGCCCUCAGCCACAUUAGGAGCGGUAUGAAGAUCUUAGGCGAGGUUGCCUACGAUGCGAGCACAGGAACAUAUCAUCAUCCCCUUCUAAGACCGUCCACUGUACCAAAUCUCGAGAUCGAUGAAAUACGAAAACUCCUUAUCCGCUUGCAGAUCCAAGUAUAUGCCUUAACCCGAUCAAUAGAAGACAGCCCAGCCUGCAGCACAGCACAGCUACGAGGCGUAUCCAGCGACUUCACCGACAUACCAGCAACCUUCACCUCCCUCUCCCAAGCCCGCAAUAUCUACGAGCACUACAGCAGCAUGUUCCGCCACGACUACCACACCCUCAUCGACGCCCAACCACCCACAGCACCAACAACAAACCCAUCCCUUCAACCCCUCAUCCACCACUAUGCAACCAUCCUAAUCAAAUGGUCCACGGCCCUCGACCACUUCGAGCAAACGCGCGGCUCCACCCUAACAACAAAAGAACAAAUCGGGCUCAAAAUCCUCCAAAUCCACCGUCUCGAGCACACCAUGAUGCUAGAACAAUACAACUCCGGCUCGUCCGACUCGACAGUCUGGGACAGAUUCAACUCCAUAUUUAAACAGAUCAUCUCAUUAUCAAAAUCAGUCGUGCAGCUCUCCGGCCCAUCUUCACCACCACCCACGCCAUCACAUGCAAUGAUGCCUACGGCAAACCUACCCCCCACCUUCUCCCUCGACCUCGGCAUCAUCGCCCCCCUCUACACAACCGCAGCCCUCUGCCGCGAUCCCCUCACCCGGCGCGAAGCCGUCGACCUUCUCCGCUCCUGUUCCCGCCAGGAAGGCGUGUUCAGCAGCCACUUAUGUGCCGUGGCAGCGGAGAAGGUCAUUGCGCUGGAAGAGCACGUUGCGCUUGCAGCAGGGGAAGUGGAUUACGCGAGGGAUUCUGCGGCUAUUACGGGGAUGGUGUUGCGCGAUGGGAAUGAGUUGCAGUAUCAGUCGACGGUGAUCACAAGGUGUUGGGAGGUGCCCGAGAAGGCGAGGCUCACGUAUGCGUAUCCGGAGUUUGAUCUUGUGGGGAAGAGGGUUUGUUUGACGAUUGGACAGGAUGAUAAGGUGCAUGUGAAUAUUCCGUGGUGGCCGGGGGGUGUGGUGGUUUUUGGGUUGGAUGAGGGGUGA